ACUUGCUGACACUGAGACUUCCUAGUGGUAGGCAAAAUGACUUUUUAUUCUGUAUCUCUUGUUUUCUUAGCUGGCCUGGCAUUUUUCUCCGAAGCUGCACCACCGGACUCUGCUGACUCCAAGCAUCCUCUUUCUAUAAAAAUUCUGGAUUCAGUCCGAGGAAGUCCGGCUCCAAACGUUCCAGUUAAGUUAUAUAAAGAAGCUGCAGAUGGAUCUUGGGAACUGUUAAACUCAAAACAAACGAAUGACAACGGAGAGCUCCACGAGCUCACGACUAAAGAACAAUUCGUAGCAGGGACAUACAAGACUGAGUUUGACACAGCCUCUUACUGGAAGAGACUGGGCUUGAAUCCCUUCCAUCACCAUGCUGACGUGGUGUUCACAGCUAACGAUUCUGGGUAUCGACAUUACUCCAUUACUGUUCUCCUCAGUCCCUUUUCUUACUCAACUACAGCAGUAGUCAGUGAGCCAGUGGAAUAGAAGCCGACAUUAAGCAUGAAAAUUCAGACAUGUAAAUUAAAAUUUCCAUAAAUGAUAACAACUUAAGUUUCUGACUUUAUCAACAGCUUUAGAGUUCAUAG